UCGUCAUCACCGCGGUGCAUUGUGGUCACACACUGUACUCACACACUGUGCUCUUGCCUCUGCCCUCUUCUUGGCUCAUUUCUUCCAUCAUUCUAAUCUGGACUACUUUGUUUUGGGCCUGAACACUCUGUUUUAGGAGAUUGUGUAGUUGGCUAAAGGUUCCUUGUCUCCAACACCUUCGGCUGCCGAUGCAUGUCCUGUGGUCUCCUUGCUGCAGCGGUGUCUGAGUGUGGCGAUGUCUCUACGCAGGGUGCUGUUAGCUGGCUGUAUGAACUCUAGGAUGUACCCGCCAUCUGGUGGCAACUUUCAUCCGAAGCGUCUUUUGAGUUCGGUCAUUUAUUUCCCCUCAAGAACAUUUGGGACCAGGAGCAUUUUCCUUUGUUGUGCCAACACAGCACUCUCCCCACUGAAGUACUCUGUGCCACAUGGGACUAGAAGACUGGGAUUGUGCAGCAGGAAUUACUGCAGAAUUGGAUCAGAUGCAUUUUUCAGUCAAAUACUGCCAGUGUCAAGAUGUCAACCCAGAAGAUUUCAUCAGUCCGCUGCGUUAAGAAAGGAGAACCUGCUGCAGCAAAGUGCCCCAUGGCCAAUGUCCUUUGUCCGCUACAGAGUGACGGAGGUCUCCAGUCUGUCUCCAGCUUUUGUAGUGAUGAACUUUGACCAAGAGGGAAAUGUGACAUCCUUUGAGAAGAAGAAAACAGAGCUUUGUCAGGAGCUUAGCCUUCAGGCCAGGGACCUUCGCUUUCAGCACAGUACCAGCUUAAUAGCUAGAAACAACUGCAUUAUCCUGCGGAUGGAGUCUUUGAAAGCUAUCGUGACCCCGCAGUCCCUGUUGGUGUUGGAUUUUCGUGGUUUGGGACUGGAACGUUGGCUGGUUCUGGAACUGGCCCCUCAGCUCGCUUCACAGUCGCACUCUCUGCCCUUUGAGUUCAGAGCGCUGGAGGUCAUCCUGCAGCACAAGAUAAACACCCUACAAGCUCAGCUGAAUGACGUCGAACCAGUAAUGUUGGACACGUUGGAAUCCCUGCUGGAUCCUAAAAGCCUUUCUGCUGAUAGAAGUAAACUACAUGUACUGCUGCAGAACAGCAAGAGUUUAUCAGAGUUGGAGACUGACAUUAAAGUCUUUAAGGAUACCCUGCUAAAGAUUUUGGAUGAAGAGGAGAUCAUUGAAGAACUGUGUCUCACAAAGUGGACGGACCCAAGAGUUUUUGAGGAGAGCAGUUUGGGUAUUGACCAUGCUGAGGAGAUGGAACUGUUACUGGAUAAUUACUAUAUGCAGGCUGAGGAGCUGGGGAACAAGACCAGAGAGCUAAAAGGGCUGAUAGACGACUCUGAAAGUGUUAUCUUUAUCAAUCUGGAUAGCCAUCGUAACGUAAUGAUGCGCCUCAGUCUCCAGCUGUCGAUGGGUUCCUUCUCCCUUUCUUUAUUCGGCCUCAUAGGGGUGGCCUUUGGAAUGAAUUUGGAGUCGUCAUUCGAAGAAGACCCUCGCAUUUUCUGGCUGGUAACAGGCUUCAUGUUCUUGGGCAGCGGGAUGAUAUGGAGACGACUGCUGUCAUUUCUGGGACGACAUUUAGAGCCUUCAGUUCCCCCUCUUAUCCCUCAAGUCUGGAAGAGAAAUCUGAAAGCAUCAGACUACAAAACGGGAGUCCGAUGAUGUUUCAUCUCCGUUCUGUACAAUGCGACAGACAUCCUACAGACGGCUGCUCAAAGGACGAUUGCUUUAUCAAUAUGGACCUCCUGAAUUCGCAGAUGUUGACACUGCAUUCACAUGUCCGACGUCGUAUGUGUGCUUUUGUGUCACUUACGUUUCUGGCAAUAUGGUACCAGAAUUUCAGAUACUUGAUUGGAUGUUUUCAUGUCUAUUAAUAUGAAUGGCUUUGGUGUUAGAGCAGUGAGCGGAUGCUUUGGCGAGUGGCACCAAAGCCACUCCAGUGGAUGACAUCCCAACUAAUGAUAUCCCCCGGACAUGCACCUGAUGAUCUGAUAUCUGCUGGGACUGUUAACAUAACUCAUGAAAGGCGCAUGCAAGGACCUAUCGUCAUGCAAAAGUACUGAGCUGCCUCAGAAAUAAUUCUUUCAGUCUUUAAAAAAAACACAUGGCCAGAUGUUAUUUAAUAUUGUGUCUCACUUUGUUACUGUGUCUCCAAACAACAAGAAAUGGUCUGAACAAAUGAACUUUCAAGGGUAUGACUUGAAAGUUAUUGACUUUAUCCUUUUCCCAUUAGCAUAAAAGGUAAUACUCAAAAUGGUGGAGCCGCUUAAAGCACAUUGACGGUCAAUGCCCUGUUCCUUCGUUGGGUUUUAAGAUUCCUUAAGGAUCUGCCAAAUAAAGCGCUCUUGAGAAGGGAAACUGGGCAGGGCAGUAAAAAGAACAUAUUUUAAUUUCUCUGAUAUUUCUUUGUUGAAAAAGUUACUUUUUCUUAACAAUUUUGUUAAACUGGUCAUGGUGGAUUUUCCUUCUUUUACCCAGCUCCAUCCGUUCCCUUUUGGCUUUCUCCUCAUAGCGUGUCUCUGCAUUAUAUUUAAUGCCUCUAAAAAAUAUUUUGCAUUCUUGGAAUGUGUUACUGUUCUUAACCACACAUAGGUGGAUCCUAUUUGACUUCUGACAUGGAAAACUAAACCAAAAAAGGUCUUUUUUAUCUCUGUGUCAUGUGCGAGGUGUGAGUGAUAGCACCAGUUGUACCUGCUGCCAUAACAAUUAUUUUGCACUAGAGGGAGUCAACUUAAAACCCACUUUAUUAGAGGAAAAUUGUCAACGCU